GUCAAAACUAGACAAAUAAUGGCUGAAGAUCUAACUCGGUCAUCGACGCAGCGGCAGGAGAAAUCUGGUGAAGUCCAGUUGGAGUCCAGUGUUGAGGAUGGGCAAACACAAUUGCCAGUUAAUGGAGAACAGUUACCAUGUUCAACAGAAAUGGCAGCAGGUCUUACUACAGCCACUGCAGAUACAGGUCUUGGUGGCCAGGAAAACACAAACAACCCCACAGACAAAGGACACACAGGCAUUCUCCCCCUUGCUGAAACAAAGGAGGUCCAGCCUGUGCAGCAGUCACUGUCAGAUAAAGACAGUCUCACCACUGCUUCUAAUACUAUCACCACCACAGACAUGUUAACCCAGGAAAAUUCUAUACGUGAUGUAAUAUCAUCCGUGCACCCUGGUCACGUUCAGGGGGAGCUAGUCACACAACCACCAGAGGUCAGCACAAUUGACCACAUAAUUAGCUCUACAUCGGAAGAUCCACGCACUGUGCUCUCUGCUCCCACCAGUGCUAACACCCAGGGGACAGAGGUGACCUCAGAGGACACUAUAGUGCAUAGCAGUGCUGCUGAUUUAACUGGGAUGACCAGGGUGUUUGUGGAUGAACAGGGCGUUAUAAUUGGGCAGGAGCAUUCCCCAUUGACAACAGUGGAGGAACACCAGACAGAUCAGCCUCAGUUGGAUGGUGAUAGUAUUGUUCCUACUGAAGCUGAAGCAUCCCUCAACCAUCAGCAAGAGCACAGGCUGCCAGCCAAUGUGAUGGUUGUAACAGCAGAUGGGAGCCAGGAGUCUUACACCAUACAAGACACAGAACACAUCACCCAGGCAGAGCACCAUGUGGACACCACAGUAGAGGGUGAUGGCGAAACUGACCACAUGUCCAAGGUGGUCCUUGUGACUGACCCCAACACUGACAUGACCGCUGAGACUUUUACCAUACAAACCUCAGAAGAUGGCUCACAGCAGCCCAUUAUCAUUGCCACCAGCCCUGAACAGGAUGGGACCGUCACUAUUGUUACAGACAGUGGCAAUGGAACGGACAUUCCAACAGAAAUAUCUGCUGUUGUCAUUUCUUCUGAUUCAGAAAGUAUACAAACUAUGGCCAACCAGCAACACAUUGUUGCCCCUGUUGUGGUGCCUCCGGUAGGCCAUGAUGGGUUCCCAAGAGCAACACCCAUCAUGUCCACUAUAAACCCUGCUGGGCACCAUCACCUGCAAAUACAUGGCAUGGUGUCACAGCCUUUGGAACCACCUCCCAAGUGUAUGGUCUGUGGAGACAAGUCUUCAGGUGUACAUUAUGGUGUACUGGCUUGUGAGGGGUGCAAGGGAUUUUUCAGACGAGCUUUACAGGACAUUGGAGAUCCAAGUCGUAAAAAAUGCUAUUACAAUAAGAACUGUGAAGUGACAGUACAAACUAGGAACAGGUGUCAGUAUUGCCGCUUACAAAAAUGUCUAGCUCUGGGGAUGUCACGUUCAGCUGCCAAACUUGGUCGAAGAUCCAAAAAGAUGCGUGAAAUGAUCAAUGAAGCAUGUCGCACCAUUGAAGACUCACAGACAGCACAAGCUUUACAUGGACUUCUCAGCCUCAAAUCUGAUUCCGGCCCAGGGGAUUUCCCAUCCCUUCUGAAAGCUGUUGGAGAACAGAUGUCGCAACCAGGGAGAGCAGGUACAGUAGCAGCGGGACUGGCUGUUGCUACUACAGGGGCAGGAAUGGGAGCUGGAGGGGAUGUUGAGAAUGGAGAGAAAAAGGCACUGCCAAUGAAAACACCAAAGUCUACACCCAAAAGAACCAAGAAAAAUGAACAGAAGGUCACUCCAACAUCAACGUUUGCCGCUGCUCGAGCAGGAGUUGGAAUGCAGUUGGCUCCCAUAUUGGCGACUCCACAGUACCCUCCUAUGCAUCAACCCAUCAUGAUGGUGCCACAGUUACAACCUGGGCAACAAGCACCCAUGAUGGAUCUGCUGAUGAAAAUGCAAGCAGCCAAUCAGACGGUUGGACAAGCCACUGCAACUACGGCAACAACAACCAGCCCAGGAGCCCAAACAACCAGCAAGGUCAAGGCUGACCUGAGGAGGAUAAUACUAAAACAGCACCAAAGUAAAGAUGGUUCCAAUAUCCAACAGUACAUUAUACAAGAGGAUGGAGGAGAUGGAUCACAGGUUUAUCCUAUAGAUUUGGCUAUGCGCACAUCAGAUGGAGCAAAUUUACAGUCUAUUCCUCAGCCAUUACAGUUAACAACAACGACCACUGGUCAGAUUGUUAGUUCUCAAGAGACUGUUGUUACAGCAACAACAUCACAGCCUGUUGUUAUUGCAAUGAAGCCAGCUAGUUCUAAGACCACUGACCAGGUUUCAAGAAGUCCACUUAAGAAAAGGCCAAUCCGGCAGCCCUCACCCUUACAGUCCCCUAUAGAAAAGCGAGCAAAGAUGGAUGGCCCGUUGGAUCAUAUGGGCAGUGACAAUCAGUUGGCAGAGAAUCUCCAACAAGAGAGUCAACAGCUUCCACAACAUAUUGGUAACCAUGUGUCUUUGACACCUCAGUCACAAGAAUACAAUUCAUCCCAGCUGGAAGGCAUUUCCAGUCUGAUUUAUGAAGCUUAUAAUGACACUUUGAGGUUCACAUAUAAGAACACACAGAUGCUGAGACAGAAUUUGCCAGUUGAAAAGCAUGUUGAGAAUGCAGCAAAUGGUAAUGAACCAAGUGAAGAGGCCAUAGCCAGAAAGCUGGCCUCUGCAUGCUGGACAGGCUUUGAGUCCACCUUUUACAACAAGGCAGUACCAGAGGUAGUUAAGUUUGCAAAAAGAAUUCCUGGCUUUAGCAGCUUGGAUACUGAUGACCAGAUAUUGCUGAUUAAAGGGGGUUGUUUUGAGGUAGCGUGUGUAAUGAACUCUGCAUUCAUAGAUGUGGAUGGCAACACCAUGCUAAUAUUGGAGAAUGGAAAGAAUUACACCAAGGAGAAUCUCAAGUCAGAGUUUCUGCUGGGCGAAAACUUUGUGGAGUUAAUGUUUAAUUUCUCCUUACGUUUCAAUGUAUUCAAGCUAACAGACUCUGAGACAGCUCUUUUUGCUGCUUUGAUGUUAAUAUCUCCAGAACGUCCAGGCAUCAAGAACAAGGAAGAGGUAUCCAAGUUACAGGAGCUGAUCAUCCAGACGUUACAGGGGCAGGUCAAUAUGAAUCACCCUACAGAGGUUGGCCUUUUUCCGCGUCUUCUCAUGAUUAUCUCCAAUCUCAGAGAACUCAAUGUAGAGCACAGGAGAAUGCUAUCGUCUCUUCGGGGAAGGAUUGUGUUCACUGAUGGCUUGCUCAUUGAAAUAUUUGGCAGUGAUUGAAUGCUGUCUGUGUGAGAGAUAGUUAAUAUGAAGUGUGUGUACAUACCUGUCUGUACUCAAGAUCAUAAUAUAAAGGGAUGUACCAGUUAUCAAUAUAAUUACAGUAAAGCAGUAUUACUAAUCGUGCUAGUGCAUAUACCUCCACUAAGACUAGUAUAUUGCUUAUGUGAGUUAUGGCAGUGGAAAAUUGAUUGGCAUAUUGCAGAUUAAAUGGUGACAAAGUGAAUUUAUAUCUACCAUAACAGUACGUUCACUUGCACAUAUAUUGUUGAAGUUCAUCAGAUUUCUUAAAUGAAACUGUUAUUUGCAAUUUGACUGCAAUUGUGUUCGUUGUUAGAUGAAUCUCAUUGACUGUGAAUAGGGCUAUGUAUCAUACUUGUGUCAUUAACUCUGGAUACCUAGUGGCGUGUUUUAGAAUCAGGACUGCUUUCUUAUGCUAAGUCUGUAGAAUUUGAUGUUUGUUUAUAAGAAAUACAAUGGUUCAUUGUCAACCCUAAAUACAUACCUUUUCCUUGUAUCAGAUCUUGAGUGUAAAUAUUUAACAGAUAUUGGAUAAUAAGUAGUGGAAUCUGCUUUAAGAGGAGAAUGGAAGUCACAAUAUUAUAAGGGAAUGUCUGAAUGCACAAAUUUUUACAAUUAUGAUUAGUUUGCUGUUAGUUAUCAAUAUGAUAUGAGGCUUCCAAUCAAAACAGCUUGUAGUUAACAAAAGAAGUCAUAUUAAACAAAAGCCUGGAAUUUCAGAUAACAGCCCAUCUAAUCUUUACUGAAUCACAUUCUCACUCACUGGAUGUGAUCACAUAUUAUGACCAUGUUUUUAGAUAUUUAACUAUGCAGAGUACAAAAUGUGAAUUGAGGUUGUAUUUAGUUUGUAUUUAUAUUGGGUUUUAUUUAUUUCAAUAGGCCAAUAUAUAUGUGUGUAUGCUUUAUAUUAUUGCUUUUACAUGCAGAUAAGGAAGUCUCUAUAUGCUGGUCAUUUCUGUUUUGUCUUAAUAAGGAAAAUGAUUACAUUGUCUGUUAAGGCACUAUUGUUAAUAUUGUUACAUAGUAUCUGCAUUUAUAAAAUGUGUGUAGUUAAAUAGGCUUGUAGGGUCAAGGAAAACAAUGCAAGGAACAGAUGCUACUAGCUAAAAAAGAGUGAACUGUGAACAUUGAAAUGAAAAGAAGUUCCGAAAGACGAAAAAUGGGAAAUUGUUUUAGUUUCUGCUAAAUUUAAGUUGUGAUGUUUUAAAUCUUAAGUAGCACUUUGUCAGCAUUUCUUAAAAGAAAACAUGCUUACAUUCUAAGUAUUUUGCCCCAGGAGAAGCAAAGACGAGCUGUUGGAAAGAAAAUGUAGUUUGCCUGACAUUUGCUGUAUAAAUUGGAGAAAUCAGAAAGUCAAACAAGAAAGGUAAUUCACUAAAGACUUUUUGAAAAAAAAAUUUUAACUUGCUGCAGUUUUGAGAUAUCACGUAAACUCUCCUGAACUAUGUUUUGUUUGCCCACUUACCAUGAAUGUUUUUUGACAAAUUUGUAAGUUGUCAUUUUAAGCCUAUACUAAGUUGGCCUGUGCAUUCAUUCUACUUCAUUAUGUCAUAGCCUUAAGCAUAGUUGAGAAGUUAGGACUAAAUUUGUAUAAUUUUUAGCUCAUGAUUUUUAUAUUCAGACAAGAUUUAAUUGUCAUGAAUGAACUAAGGUGAAGAAUGAACUGGCUAGGAGAUGUUUCAUUGCUAAUUGUGUCAUGAUGUUAUGUAGAAGUUGUUUUUUUCUGUUUUAUUGAUGAUUUUUUUAACUGUCCCUUUUAGGAAAGAAAAAUAUUUGUCAUAACUACAAUUAUACAAAAUAAUAAAAGUAAUCUUGGUACUCUAAAAAGAAAUUUAAGAUCAGUCACAGAUCUGGAAUUAUCUCUUUUGGCUAAUUUUCAUUUUUUAUUUUAUUCCAAAUCAAAUGACACAACAGAAGUACAAUUUUAUAGUAUGGGCAAAAAAGGCAUUGUCAUUCUUAGAAACAAAUGAGGCCAGAAGAUGCGUCUCAUACUCUGUUCAGGGAUGAUGGGUGAAAUCUUAAAUUCCAAUCCUAAUUUUUGCAAAAAGAGUUCAUUCAGCAAGAACACAUUGUCAAGUAAAUUAAGAAAAUGCUUUCAGUUAUUUUUGAGGUAAUUCAUUUAUUAUGUUGAUAUCAGCAGAUUAUAAGGCUAAAUGUUGCAUAUUGAAAAUUUCUAAUUUGGUUCAAAAAUAGCAUAUUGAAAAAGCAGUUUUGAGAAUAUUUGAUGAAAUUAAAUAUGCUCACAGGAAUCUUGUGGGUGAAAUAUAAGUCAACAAGUGCUACUAAUCCAUAUGAAAACUCUAGUAGAACUUGGGUUGAAUUUUGAACAUAAAAGUUUGUGCGGUGCAUUGAUAUUAGUUGUUACCUGAAGUUUCAUGUUGAGCAUGCUAAUUGAACUGUUAGCCUUGAAAAUGAUCUUUUAGGUACCAGACACAUAUUAAGCAAUAUGCAAAGAUAUAGAGGCUUGUAUUAAGACCUUAUUUUCUUCAAUUGACAGGCUUUGCUUUCACACAACCUAAUUGAUGUAUAUAGUUAUUUAUUGUAGGCAAAUAAAUGUUUGUUGUGAA